AUCAACGAUACCAACGUGCUAACCAAGAUGGAUUUGGAGAUUGAAACACAAAAUCCCACGCUGGAUCUAGCGAAGAACUGUCUGAAGAAGGUUCCUAAAAUGGAAGACGCUCAGCAAUAUAAAGUGUUGGUACUGGACGAUAACGAGCUACAGAAAAUUGACAAUAUUGAUUCGUAUUUGAAGAUUGAAAAACUGUCAUUGUGCAAAAAUCAAUUACUGCGAAUGUACGGUGUUUGCAGAUUGCAUUGCCUGCGAGAGCUGAAUCUGUCCCACAAUAAAAUCCUUACUAUCGAAGGAUUGAAAGACUUGGUCUAUUUGACGCACCUGAAUCUGGAGGGCAACAAAAUCAAAACUAUCGAACAUCUGAAUACUAACGUAAACCUGCAGUAUUUAAACCUUUCGGAGAACAGUAUCACCAGCGUAUCGGACAUGUCUUACCUAAAGAACUUAAAGGAACUUUUUCUUAAUGGAAACCGCAUAUCGCAUUUAAGGCAAUGUGAUAAACACUUACCUCAAUCGUUGGAGACUUUAACAUUAGCGAAGAAUAACAUUGCGGAUCUGAAUGAAAUUUGCACGUUAAGUCAUCUGAACAAUCUUAACAGUAUCACGAUAGCGGACAACCCAUGCGUGCAGAUGGCAGGCAACGUAGUUGGAUUCGACUAUCGUCCAUUUGUAUUGAAUUGGUGCAUGAGUGUGAAGCACAUUGAUGGAUUUGUCGUCACUGCCAUUGAGAGCCUGAAAGCGGAAUGGUUGUACAGUCAGGGACGUGGUCGUCAGUUUCCAAUAGGCGAGCAAACAGCUCUAGCACGCUAUCUUAGCAGCGUUUGUCCGUUAUCGGGCGAAGCGUUAGAGAAUCAAAAUGAUCGAAAACUGCGACUCAUUCUUAGCAAAGCGCAACAGCAUCAACGCCAGCUGCAGGAACAAACGACACUGGGUAGCGAUGGUGCAAAUCAGUCAGCGAACAAUUCUCCCUCAUCCCUGCGUCGGAAAGGUCAGGCAACGCGGAUACAAUCGCCCCGUGUAUCGCGUCUAAGCGGGCGCCAAGGUUCACCGGAUGCAAUGUCAAACAGUUACCAUGGUAACAUUUCGAACAAUUCCAUGUCAUCCGGGCAUAGCGAAAAUAGCUCGGGAGGUUCACAGCUGUUUGAGCUGACAAGAUCGCUGAUUGAUAAUAUUACUUCGGAUAACAAUAUUAUGUCCCAGAGUUUGGAUCCUAAUAUGUUGGUAAGUAACAACGGGAGCAGUGGUGUACCAACGAGCAGCACAAACAUCUUAGGCUCAAAUUCAGGCAAUGAGUGUAUUGUGUUGAGCAAACAACAUCCGACGGUCAUGAAUCAAAGUCAGUGUAGUUUGUACAAUGAUCAACUAAUAAAUUCUGCUGCGGUAACUGGAGGUGGACCACUAACGGCUGCUUCCAAAAUGGUACCAGUUCCAGAAUCUUUGAUGAGUCCGGAUUGUGGUCCCACAUCAACGACGGCCGCCAGCAUUGUACAACGAAAUAUGCAACAUUGUAAUAUGCAACCACAGCCGCAAACGCCACAAAUACCAAAAGCUCUAAAAACUAAAGACAGUACUCGCUCUACGAGUCAAGCUGGAGGAAACAUUCCGGUGGCAAACACGCAUCCCAAAAGCGGAAGUCCUCGUACAUCAAAGCGAAACAACAGUAGCGAACGUUCCUCGCCAUCGCUUUCGCCAAGAAAAACACUCAACAGCCACAAUAGCAAUGGUGGCUCCGGUAGCAACAGCCAUUCCCGACCAGUAUCAUCACAAUCGAAAUAUUCCGUACAUGCUGCUAUAGCAACUCCAUCGGAGGGAGGAUCGAGCAAUGCGGUAAGCUCGGACGACGAUAGCGAAACGAUCAACAUUGAAAAGCUUCGCACAAUUCGCCACAAAGCGGCUCAACAACAAACACACCAAAAUCUGCCCCAUGUUGGUCAAAGUUUGUUACCGAAAGCGAAGGACAAAGAUGGUCCCGCAUCGGGCAAAGCUGUUAGCAAGGAAACCGUAGACGAUAAUAAGGCAACCGAAAGUUCUGCCAUUCUUAUCCAGAAACUCUGGCGUGGCUAUGUAACUCGCAAGCGCACCCGUGAUCUGGUGGAGAAGCUGUUUCAAAAGCGUACCAAUGAUCAUAUUUUGCAGCUGACGAAAGACAUGCAGGUAACUAAGGAGCAGCUGGAAUCGGGUCGUAAAAUCCAACAGCUACAGAUGAAAGCUUUGCGUCAGCUGUGGCGAAAAGUUUCAACCAUGAAUCCAGCAGAACAAAGGAAUGCUGGACAGCAAGUGCAAACUACUGAAGAGGACGAGGCUGGAGAAUGUGGCCAGCUAACAGGUGACGGCAUUGAGCAUAGCUCCAUUCAAGAUUUAACAAAGUCCUGUUCGAUGUUGAUGAAUCAGGUGCAACAACUGCAGGGUGCCGUGCGAGACAUUGUUAGUUGUAUGCAGUUUUUGGUACACGUUCCGCCACCCGCACAACCACCGUCGAACAAUGCUUCCCAACAGUGUACUAUUGAAACACAAACUGAUAUAGUGGCAGUCGUAACGCCACAGCUAGAACGGACGCCGGGAACGUUUCCAUUCGGUAAAGGAUUUGAAGGACCUCUCAAGGAUCAGCUGGGAGUUGCUGUUGGUAAACUUUCGCGCCCCUCAACGUUGCCCAUCAGCUCCACUGAAACUUCACCGAAUCUUGUUGCGCAAGGGCAAGAUGCUGCAAACAUGGAUGAAUGUCGGGAAACUGCAGAUAUUGUAUCGAAUAAUGGUGAUAUCCAGGUGAUAAGAAUCGAUGAAGCUGAUCGUGGUAACGAGGAGGAAAACAACGACGGUGAGCAGAAGGAACGCGACGAAAAAGAGCAGGAGUGUGUGGUGGUGGUUGGUGAAGAACUGCAAGCUGGAGUCAUUAAAUCAUAA